AUGGGGUACGGGGUGAUUUCUGAUAUUGCUCCACCAUCCGAACGUGGGGGUUAUGUUGGCGUUGUGCUUUUAGGUCCCAAUAUUGCAACCGCAAUUGGUCCAAUCCUCGGAGGAGCCCUGAGUGAAGCUCCUGGAUGGCGCUGGAUAUUCUGGAUUCCCGCUAUAGCCUCUGGAAUCUGUAUCUUGCUUGUCGCUCUUUUCCUGCCCGAAACAGCCCGUUCUAUUGUCGGUAAUGGUUCGCGUAAUGUUUCAGCUCUCUAUCGCCCAAUUUUCCGCUAUCAUCGGUCAAGAACCCCAACCCCUCUGCCUGCCCUUAACGAGGAAGAGAACACCCCACGAAAUUUCCGGAUUCCGAACCCUCUCGCGACUCUGAAGAUCCUCGCAUCCAGAGACAGUCUUCUCAUUACUGCCAUCUACGGUGUCUAUUACAUGAACUUUAGCUGUCUUCAAGGCUCCCUGUCAACACUUUUCAUCGAAAUCUACAAACUCUCAGAGCUGAAGGCAGGCUUGGUUUACCUACCCUUUGGUAUCGGGUCCUGUAUUGGUGCAUACUGCUCAGGAAAAAUCAUGAACCGUGACUACCGCCUCACAGCUCGCGCCCAUAAUCUGGUAAUAGAUGCCACACACGGCGACGAUCUGACUGCGUUCCCCAUUGAAAAGGCCCGUUUCAGGAGUAUAUGGUACUCCAUCACCGCAACAGGAAUCUCUACCGCCGGAUAUGGAUGGGCAUUACAGUCCAGAUCUCUGUUCCCCUCGUUCUACAAUUUAUAA